GUGUGUGUGUGUGUGUUCGUGUGUGUACAUGUGCACAUGUAUACGUGUGUUUCCUGUCCCAGGUGGGCUGUGCUGACGGCAGUGUCAGACUGCACUCUGUGAGCAGCGAGCAGCCAGUGAUGGAGUGGAGCAGCAGUACAGGAGGGAAGCCGGUGGUCUCGGUCCAGUGGGCUCUCACUCGGCCCGCCGUCUUCUGCGUCCUAGACGCCGCAUCUAACCUGCACCUGUGGGACCUACUGGAGAAGGACUACGAGCCGCUGACCACCCAGAAGCUCCACUCCGGCAGGGUAACCACAAUGGCUGUAUUCGGUGACCCGGACAAGCCAAGCACGUUAUCAGGAGUGUGUCUGGCAAAGGAGUCCGGGGAAAUUGAAAUUCAGUACUUCAGUAAGAAGUGGGCAGUGCCUGCCCAUGCAGAGCUAGAUACAAUUCAUAACAUACUGAAUGAGGCUUUCUGAAAUACGCCACUUGCGCUUUUGGAUAUUUUUCAAAAUUGUAAUCUUAGUUUAGAAAAAAAGAAAAAAGAAAGUACUAGAUCACACACCUUGCACAAUCUAGUUUAAUAACUGGAAUAAAAAGUAGAAUUUUGACUGUCUUUAUGUCACUGACCUUGUCCUUGAGAACAUGUAUGCCAUGUAUGUGUCACCUCUGUGACCUUCACUUGAACCUUUUGCACAACCGCUCACACUACAAUAGGUUCAUGAAUUGCCAUUAACUAAUGUAGUUGUUAAUCAUGAAUUAUUGAUGGACAAAUACAUAAAUUAAGCAUGAAGUUACCUUUUAAUGUGUUAAUGUAUUUGUUAACUACAAACUAAUAAUCAAUUAUAUUAAUGUUUAUACAUUAGGAAAAACAUAUUAACCAUUAACAAAUACAUUAACUGUUUUUUCAUUCCACUCUGAAUUGGCAUUAACUAAUGUAGGUGGUAGCAUAAAUUAAUGAUGUACAAUUAGAUUUAAAAAGCUGUUCAGAUUAACUUCUCAGUAGUUAGUUAACAACUACAUUACUGAAUGGAAAUUGUUACCGUACUAUCUUUCCGGGGCAAAUCAAGUUUUCGUAUAGAAAGAGAAUGUUUACAUUUCCAGUCAGUGUGGGAAUUGUGAUGACAUUCUGCAGUUUAUCUGAUAUCUGUGAAGCUCAAAAGAUGCAUGUAAUACUAUUCUCACUCCGAAGCUGAAGAGAAAUGGGAGAACGCAUGUAAAGGCAGUCAGCUCCAUUCACAGUCAUCACAAUGUUUUUUUUUUUUACAAAUAAAAUGUAAUAGUUAUAAAAUAGAGUAUAUUUGUACAGUUAUUGUAUUGUUAUUUUUUUAUUCAAUGAAAUUGCUUAAUUUA